CUGCAGUUGUUUCCCUCCAUGCAAUUGAAGCUGCAACUCUUGGAAUUCAUCUUCAGAAUCCUUCGUUGCUUGCUUCCCUCUCUUUGCUGUCCUUUUUCUUGCGCAUUUGACAGUGGCUGCAUCGCCUUUGACGAUGAAGAGAACUACUCCAAGUAUUGCACUGAGGCAAAGAUAUAGCAGGUUCAGUCCACUGUCUGCAGGGCAUCCUUCCACUUGCUCAAACAGCGGGAAGCAUGCACCAAAAGUAGAAAUUGAUGGGCUUGGCGAUCGUUUGCAACUUUGCAAUCGAGCCGAGUCAGUCGAGUCACAGUCAGUCACAGUCUGCACACUCGAAAAGUGGCAAAGCGAGAUGUCGCCUGGGGCGUGGGAAUCAUUGUUUUUCUUGAAAGUGAGCCACUCAAAAAAUUGCCUCCAACGUCCCGUCGCCUCGAAAAUUGUGAACGUUGCGGCUGAGGUCGUCGUUUUCCCCAUUCUUGCUAACCUUUCAAGGAAAGGCACCAAAUUUGUGCUCGUAAUCCACCAGUUUCAAACAAGACGGAAGAAGGCGUGUCCAGCUUUGGAACGAUCGCAUCCAUCGGCAAAGGCCACUCAAAGACUCUGUGAAAAAUCGUUUGUGAAUAGAACCGCUAUAGUUGCCCCAGAUAGCUAGUGUAGACAGUUCACUUUCAUCUUUCAUCGAGAUACAAUUAGAAUUCGACGACGAAGCCCACGAUGUCAUUCAACAGGGCACAGCGAGUGCUUCUCGGCGUCAUUUGCACUGCCUUUGUAGCCAGUGCAGAACCGUCGCGUCUGCGGAAAGCGCAGGAAAACCCACAAGUUCCCAUGGGCUUUCAAUCGGGGCCUGACCCUGGUGCUACCUAUGGAGGAAAUAUCAUAUAUCGACCUGAUUCAAAUCGAAUCUAUGUCACUGGAGCUUCAAACGGGAAUUACUUCAAAAGCGCCGAUGCGGUCGACCGCAACAGCAACGUUGCAGCGGACACGACCUCCUGCUUUUUGGGAAUCGCAGACAUGCCAUCUGCUGAUAAUGCUGGGACGCCUCCUUCAUGGGUUCAUGCGCAACAAUGGGAGACCAGUGUUCCAGAAGCGUGCAACGUCAUUCAUGUUGACCAGAACCCGGUCAACUUGCCCGAGAACAACACAAGAAUCGCAGAAAAGCUGUAUCUGCUUGGAUUCACGAGUAACAACGGGCUCAUGGAGCCAUUACGGAUUCAAUCGGCGUUUCCAGCCGAACAGUACGGCAUGAUCAUGGAUGUUGAUAUCCUCAAGAAUCAGCCAGACUCAACAGACUUCACAACGACGUUUUGGGGGGGAAGGUUGUUGCAAGAUGGUCCCGUGCAGUAUCCCAUUGACAUGACAGUUGACGAUAACGGAAACAUCUACGUUGUUUCUUUGCAAACAUUCGAAACUGCCCCCAUCUCAAGAAACACAAGGCCGACCCAGGUAGCAAAGCAGAUGGUGGACCCUCUGCUCACACCAUAUGGAUCCGAGUACAAUAUGUUGAUCGAACAAUUCUUGUAUGACAACCCAGGAUACGAUGACGGUGUUGGCGUCCCUGAAGACCCCAGCAAUGUUCAAAUUGACACGACUAUCGUGGAUAACUGGAGGAAACCCUUUAGUCCAGAGAAUGGAUCUGGUGGUGCCAUUGUAGCGGGUGUCGCUUACUUGGGGGGAGUUCUGGUCGUCGUUGGCACUACCAACGGUCACAGCCAAGUCUUUGGAAACGAGCUCGCCAAGAGCAUGAAUCACACUGACACAAGCAUGGAUGCGUUUGUUACCAAGAUUGUUCCAGAUUCUGGCAAGUACUAUCAGUUCGUUGCUGACAACGGUGCCCCCGCAGCAGAAUCUGCGCAGCCAAUGCACAAGCGCUCAGCGACAUCUUUCAUGUCUAUUGACUACAAGGACGACUAUGUCAUGGGUAUGUGUUACUCACCCGCAGACCCUGACAAUUUUUACCUGGUCGGCACUACAGAAGGCCAGAUGGAUCGGACGAUUAAUCAGCUUGUGCAAGGUGAGAUUCAUGCGUUCCUGAUGAAGGUCAACGUUUGGACAUUGCUUCCUGCAUGGACCAAGCAGAUUGGUGGUGACCCCAUCAAGAAGGAUGUGGUUCGUGGUUUGGCUUGUGCUGUGACGGAUGAUGGCCAGGAUGUCUAUAUGGCUGGCAUAGUUGAGAACGGAGGUUCGUUGUCGCUCUAUCAACAGAACAGCUUUGGUGGAGAUGAUAUUUUCUUGCUUCAAGUGGAUGCCGGGGAUGGACGACUUGUUUUCUUGCGCCAAAUUGGAACCAGUGGCAAUGAUCGUCUUUCUCCCGACGGCGUGGCCACGGAUGCGUAUGGCAAUGCCAUUCUGAUGGGAAAUACGGAUGGAAGUUUCUAUCGAUCUCGGCAGUUCGAUCAAGAAUCAGAAAAGUCAGACGAUGUGUUCAUCAUGAGUGUGAUGCGAGGUACUGGAGAUUACAAGGAGCCACAAGUGCCUGACGCGUCGGAAUCAGCACCAUCGACAGCCACCUCUACCACAACCACAGAGCAACCCAGUGGAGAGACAACGCCAAGUGAGCAGGAGCCAGCCGAUGAUGCGGCAAGUACUGUGGAGCAAGGACUUUCUGACGCCGAGACGGCUACAAAUGAACAGGCACCGGAGCCCCAGCAGCCGCAAGAAGAAGAGCACGAGAAAGAGACCCCCUCCGAAGAUCCAAUGGACCAGCUUCCAGCCCCUGCUGGUGGCUCCCUGUCGGAUGCUUUUGGUGACAAACCGAUGAUCUAUACGAAUAUUGGGUCUGUUGAGCACCCUCAUGAAGAAGAAGAAGGCUCACCAAAAAGCCGACAACGCUAUGGAUUGGUAAUGUUUUUCAUCCUUAUUGCCAUUGUUGGUCUCAUCACGGGGCUUCUCGCGUACCGACAAAUGACCACGGGAGAUACCCCCACGGACCGAGAUGCUGUGCUGGGUUACCUGAGCGAAUUUGACGUGGACGAUAUUGAUUUGAAGCAGAGUGCAACUGGCGGGUACCAUUGCAGUUACACCAACGAUCUUGCCCAUGGUAUCAAUGCCCGUGCCGUCUCUCGGGAAGGUUUGUUUGGUCCGAUGGGAUUUAGCCCCAAAUCUGGAACUACCAACGACCCGCUGUUGCAGAUCCAUGGCCAGAAUUCACAUGCCGAAGGUGAGAUCCAUUUCAGCGACGAACCCGAGCUAGAUGAUCUCAGUAGCAUCGGUAGUGGAAUAGGUACACCAGGAAGACAUUCCACAGAUGCAGCACUGAUUGAUGACUAUGAUGGAAUCAACCGGCCAUCUUCUGUGGUGGUUCUGUAGACGCUGUUCCAAAUGUUUCUUUUGGGAAGCGGACUGGAUGCCAUCCUGGGGAUCAUGGCGCAACAUCAAAUUAUAUACUCGUAGCACGCCAUCGUUGGGUGCCGAAACUGUUAUCCACUAGCAUAAAUAAUAAUAUUUGUAAGCAAAAAAGGACUCGAGGGUUGUUUGAGCACUGCUUCUUUGCCAUCACAGCUCUGGAUGACACCAUGGGAUGUGAACCCUACUAGCUUUUAAAAUAUUAGCUGCUAUCAGCACUUCCAUAUUGAGAUCGAUCAUAGCUGAGACCGUAGUCGAUAAAGAACUCUUCUCCAGCAAAUACGUCUCGCUCUAAAGAAAAGACAACUUGUCUCAAUUCUCUGUCUUCGUCUGUUACCACAUUGACAUCUCUCCCCAAAGGGGGUUCGUUGAUUCGACACAAGGUCGUUGGGGAUUGCAGAUUGAGUAUCUGGUGCCAAGGCACUGAUAGUGGCAUGCUCGGAUUGCCUCCAAUGCACAUGUCGUCCAAAAUCCCGUCGCUAUUGGUUGGAUCAAUGACCAUUUUAUUGUCCGAAAAGCGCCAGAUGUAACCUUCACAUUGAGGAUGUUGCUGGAGUUUGGCUAGAUUUUGUUGCAAUGGCAGCACGACGCCAGGGUAGGUACCCAGCACUGUUUUCUUGGGCAAGGAGACCUUGGCAAAGAGCCCCAGACCGGCACCUUCGACGGCGGAUGGCUUGACUUCCAAGUAAUCAUGGGCAUUCUCAAUCAGUGUUCCGCGCGGUCGAUCGAGGUACCCCACCAAGCCCAAGUAAGAUGAGACAGCCGAUGUGGCUCGAAUAGCCCAGAGAAACCCUUGAUCGUCAAAAGCAAAGGCACAGCCAUGACGAGCAUGCCUCGGCAGGAAUGAUGGAUUGUCGCGUCGUGGCGCUCCAGCAGCGCUCUCCCUAAGGUUGGUUAUCAAUAAUAUCAGGCAUACCCAGAAUCCUAUCCUCGUCUUUCGUGUUGCGCUGCCCACCAAAGCCAUAGUCUUGUGUUGCGGAUAAUACUUCUGGA